GUUCUUGCUUUGAAUUUAUAGACAUUCCUUUUGAUUUGAAAUUGCUGUUGAUAAUUGUGUGGUCUGUGCUCUGUUCGGUCAAUGAAAGGGAAAUGUUUAAAGAGUUUUUUUUAGUAGAUGAAUGAAUCAUUUUUGGCAUUAUUCUCUAACUAAAUUUAUAUAUAGUUUAGGGUUAAUAUACGUCUCAAUUGGAAAUUAACUAUUGAUGAUUUGUUUGGUUGGCCAGUGACUUUGUUUUCAUGUUAUAUGCAAUGGGAAAAUAAAUAAGUAUGUUCAGUGCUAUCAGAUUAAUAAGUAUGAACGUACCUGUGCAGAAACAUCAUCAGCAUUCAGUUGUUCAAUCUUGUCAGCCAUUAAGGGUAUAAUUGUGAUUUUAGUUUUGAACAGAGUUGUUGAUUGCAUUUGUAAAUGUAGAUGUUUUCUUUCUUUUGUGGUCCAACACGUCUUUCACCAUCAUGGACAUCAUUUUCUGCUCUCAUCACUUAUUUUGUUGAUUUAUUUAUCCACCUGCAGUGUCAUAGUGAUUUCAGCAUUACUGGAGAUGACGUGGUUUUCAUCCUCAUUGGCAUUCCAUUUGUGUUGAUGCUUGUUAUAUAACUACAAAAAAUGAAGCCUGCAAUCUAUUGCUUGAACUUUUGUUUUGUUUUCAUCUAUAUUUUCAAGCUUCAAUCAUAAACCCCAUUAUAAAAUAGUAGCAUGUUUUCGUGUAAGAAUUUCCACACUACACACCUACCAACGACUUUGAAGUUUCUUCUAAAUGUCAGCCUUACAUUCCACACUAAUACUCUUCUCUUUUCUCCUCUUCAUUCUUUUCAAAUUCCCAGAACCAAAUAAUCCUUCCAAUCUUCUUCCAUUACAUUAAGCCUCAACUAUGUAUUAUUACCACAAUCUUCUUUGCUACCACUGUUUUAUCUUCUAAUCCAAAAUUUAAGGCCUGCACACCUAAAAUUAGGAUAUGUGAAUUAAGCAUCUUUCUUUGUAAUAUAAGGAUUUUCAGAAAUUACUCGAUUGGGGGGUGGGAAGUUUUUUUUUCCUGAAUCGCAGAGAAAGUCAAGUGGAGGUUGAAAAAUUGGGGUUACCAUAAAUGUAGGUAUUUAGGAGAAGAAAAUUAUCUAAAGUUCAUAUGAUUUAAGGAUGGCGACACUACUUCUUGGUUGUUAUAUUGAGUAGCAAUAGGUAGGAAGCUUAAAAAUCUUUUGGAAGAGUUGGAGUCCGAAUGUUUGAUGCCACAUCUUCCACUGGUAUGUCUUAUGCAUAUACCUAGUUUAGAAAUAAGGGCCUGUUUGCUUUUACAUUUCCAUUCAGUUACUUAUGUAUGGAAUAGUUUGUUUACUUGUCUCGGUGGAACUUUGGGCGGGUUGUACCACUUUUUAAAUGUUUCUAUGACUUCAUUUUAUGAGUUUGUUAAGGAUAAGGAAGCUAAAAUCAUCCACUGAAAGUUUUACACUUCUAUGGUGAAUAUGGUUUGAGAUUUCCUAGGAAACCUAUUUGCCCUCUUGACUUAUUUGUUGGACAGGAUGAUUUUAUUUGUGCCUAUUGGUGGUAUUUUAUUUGUGCCUCUAUAAAAUUUAUGAGCAUAUCAAAUUGGUGGUACACUCAUGAAGUUUUAUGGAGGCAUCUUCAUCUCCAAUAUGGUAUUUGUUGUUAUUUCAGUUUCUAAAUUAGAUUUUCAGGUUGGAGGAUUUGUUAUACUUCCUACCAAUUCUUUGUUUUUCUUCUCUCUAAUAAUAGUCCUUAUUUUUGAAAGAAUAAACACUUGUCAUGGAUUGUAUAUUUGUUUCCAUGUCUACUUCAAUUGUUUUACCUUCUAUAAACGCUAAAAAAUCUAAUAAUCAGUCUGUACCUGUUACUAAUAGAUAUGUCCAUGGCAAAGUUGAUUAAAGAUUCCUAAAAGUUUUGUGCAAAUACUUCAUCUUUCAAUCAUACUGGCAGUCAACGGUACUCCCAUAAGCUUUCUCAGUGACCGUGCUUACUUUCAUGCAGGAAGUUCUAAAGGUCACAAUUUCCAUUAGCAGUCUCCAUGUUGGGUUGAAAACUGAACAAGUUCUAUUUGAGUAGUAAAAAACAGCAUUGUUUGGUUUCUGCAUUAAAUACAACAUCUAUAUUUCUCUUUCCAUUUUGCAUUCCCAACUUCAGGCAUGGGAAAAGAGAAACUAAGCUUCAAAGAAGUCCAUCAUUCUCAUAGCCCCAAAACAACUCUCUGGUGGUUCUUUCUUGUAGCUACCUGCAUUAAAGUUCUACUUUUCCCAUCCUACCGUAGUACAGAUUUUGAGGUGCAUCGCAACUGGCUGGCUUUGACCCACUCUCUCCCUCUUUCCCAGUGGUACCUUGAUGAGACAAGUCCAUGGACCCUUGAUUACCCACCAUUCUUUGCCUAUUUUGAACGCUUUCUAUCUAUUUUUGCUCACCUAAUCGAUCCCCAAAUUGUGCACCUUCAAGAGGGCCCGAAUUAUAGCUCAAACAAGGUGGUUUAUUUCCAAAGAGUUACUGCAAUACUUUCUGAUUUGUCUCUUAUUUACGGGGUUUACAGACUUACUCGAAAUUUGGAUUCAAAAAAGCAGAAGUUGGUCUGGUCAUUGAUUAUUUGGUCACCAGUGCUUUUUAUAGUGGACCAUGUGCAUUUUCAGUACAAUGGAUUUCUCAUUGGGAUUUUGUUGAUAUCACUUUCAUAUUUGGAGGAAGGAAGGGAUUUGUUAGGUGGGUGUAUCUUUGCUGUUCUCUUGUGCUUUAAACAUUUAUUUGCAGUGGCAGCACCAGUCUAUUUUAUUUAUUUGUUGAGACACUAUGUUUGGGGUGGAAUGAUAAGAGGCUUCAGUCGACUUUUGAUUAUGGGAGGAGUGGUUACAGCAGUGUUUGCAUCUGCUUUUGGACCAUUUUUCUACCUUGGGCAGAUAGAACAAGUCAUUCGGCGAUUGUUUCCAUUUGGCAGGGGGCUUUGCCAUGCAUACUGGGCCCCAAAUUUUUGGGUAUUCUAUAUUAUGUCAGAUAAAGGGCUUGCUUUCAUAUUAAGAAAACUUGGGUUCAAUAUCCAGAUGCCAGCAGCUUCGUUCACUGCUGGUCUUGUAGGGGAUUCCUCACCAUUUUCUGUACUACCUCAGAUCAAACCAUAUGUGACCUUUAUAAUGGUUCUUCUUGCCUUAUCUCCUUGCCUUUUCAAGGCUUGGAAGAAUCCACAGCCACAGAUGAUUAGUAGAUGGAUAGCCUAUGCUUAUACCUGUGGUUUUCUUUUCGGAUGGCAUGUGCAUGAGAAGGCAUCUCUCCAUUUUGUAAUUCCACUUGCCAUUGUUGCACCUCAAACUCCGGAGGAUGCAAGGCAUUACUUUUUGCUGUCGAUAGUAUCUUGCUAUUCAAAUUUUCCGCUACUAUUCGAGGCACAAGAGUAUCCGAUCAAAGUUUUGUUGCUGCUUCUACACUCCAUUUUGAUGUGGUCAGGCUUUUCAGCACAAUUUUAUGUUGGGGCUGAAACAGCGACAGCACCAAGUACUAAUUCAAAGAAAAAGGCUGAAGAAUUUGGAUCUGAAGAUAGUUGGGGUGAAACUGUGAAGAAGAAGAAGAAAGGUUUUGUUAUUGGGUGGAGUGAGAGGAUUUAUCUGAUAGGUCUUGUAGUUGUGGAGAUAUGGGGCCAAAUUUUACACCCUCUAAUUUUGGGUGAUAAGUUUGCAUUUGCACCACUCAUGUUGAUCUCCAUAUACUGUGCUUUUGGGAUCAUGUACUCUUGGAUUUGGCAGUUGAUAUCAAUAGUUAAAUAUCUUUAAA